GCAAACGUCAUCAGUACGCGACAGUACGUGGGAGGACCUUAAAGGACGCACAGUCGAGGAUAGAUGGACUAAUUUAAAAGCCGUGUUAAGAUAGCGCCAUGGCGCUGUCAUGUCUCACGCGGGCUCUGCGCUCGCUCUCUCUGUCCCCGCCUGUCGGCUUGUCUUCACAGGCAGUUGUACAGACUAAACUGAGAGCUCAAAUCAGCCCCAACAAUCCGCUGUCAUUGCCAAGUGCAACUUUUAUCAGCAAUGUACAACAAUGCAGAGGGUUCCUCACUACAGCAUCUCUGGACCAGAACCGAAGAUACUGGAAACAGAGGGAGAAGUACACAAUCAGGCCCAUUGGCAUGAGAAAGACAGGCGGCAGAGAUUAUACAGGAAAGAUACAGACACACGGCAUAGGCGGUGGCCACAAACAAAGAUACCGCUGGAUUGACUUCCAGCGGCUGAACUAUGAACCAGGCAAAGAGGGCCAGCCCUUCGAUGAGAAGGUUGUUGAAGUCCGCUACGACCCAUGCAGAUCUGCAGACAUUGCUCUGAUAGCAGGAGGUAACAGGAAACGGUGGAUUAUCGCCACAGAGAACAUGCAGUCUGGAGACAUCCUCAAAACAUCUGCAGUUAUUGGACGCAUGGCAGUCUCAGCCAAUGAGGGUGACGCCUACCCACUUGGGGCUCUACCUGUGGGCUCACUUGUGAACAACCUAGAGAUCUAUCCGGGGAAGGGAGCAGAGUAUAUCCGCGCUGCAGGCACAAGUGGGGUUUUGCUCCGUAAAGUAAACGGAACAGCAAUUGUCCAGCUUCCAUCAAAACGGCAAGUUCAGGUGCUGGACACUUGCAUGGUGACGGUGGGCCGCGUGUCCAAUGUCGAUCACAAUAAGCAAAUCAUCGGGAAAGCAGGUCGCAACCGCUGGCUCGGCAUUCGCCCUUCAAGUGGCUUGUGGCAGAGGAAGGGAGGCUGGGCAGGACGCAAGAUCAGACCGUUGCCACCGAUGAAGAGUUAUGUUAAUCUGCCUUCGAUCGCCGCUACAUAAGGACACCGUGAGCCUGCUGUUUAGAUGUUGUCCUGUUUUUACCGAACGAGUUCGGUAAAAACUCUGUAAUGCCAUUUAUUGUUUGUCAUUAAAUUGGAAGUCAUUAAAAGAGCAGUAAACCUUUUUUGACAAGGCUCAGCGUUUUCGGUUUUUAUUGUUCAAAGCCAUCCAGCAUGCCGAAUUUCGCCACAAGAGGGCACUGUUACAUAACCUCACACGAACAUGAACAACUUUUGGCUCCGCGGAAACAUAAAAUCCGGGUGAAAAUCAGUUUAAAUUGAUCUGCUCCUUUUAAAACAUCUGGGUAUUUUUCGGUGAAAAUCAGUAAUAAGCAAAAACGCUGAGCCUUGGGUAUGGACUUAAGAUGGUAGAACCGAACCCACACGGCCACCAAUG